AUGGCGGCUGUAAAGCCACCACCACGCACCUCAAGUUGUAAGAAGUUAUUGGAUGCCGGUUACACGGCUAGUGGUGUGUACACGAUCUAUCCAACGACAUCAUACGCCGACGGUCUACCGGUCUACUGUGACAUGGAGCUUGACGGCGGGGGUUGGAUCAUGCUGCAGAGACGCAUUGACGGCACCGUGGACUUCUACCAAGACUGGGCACACUACCAGAGCGGCUUCGGUGAUCUCUCCGGUGAGUUCUGGCUGGGGAACGAAAAAAUGGCAUCUCUAACCUCUGGUGGAAGUUGGGACCUCCGGGUAGAUCUUACCGAUUUUGAUGGUACUACGGCGUUCGCAAAGUACGGGGCUUUCGGACUGACUGGCGCGAACUACUACCUGUCUAUCGGGACGUAUGACGCCAGUAGCACCGCUGGUGACGGUCUGGGAUACCACCGAAACAGGCCCUUCUCAACAAAGGAUAAAGACAACGAUAACUUCAGUUCCGGAAGUUGUGCAGUAGCAAGAGAUGGCGGCUGGUGGUUUGGGUUCUGUUUGAAUUCACAUUUAAAUGGAGAGUUUUAUCAAGAUGGAAGUUUUCGGGAUAACGAUGGUAUUGUGUGGAUGCAAUGGCAUAACGACUGGAAUCCUCUACAGGCGAGCAGCAUGAAGAUGCGUGAAACAGAGUGA